AUUAAAACAAAAUAAAUAUAUUUUUUUAAUCACGCAGAAUUUUUUAAUUUUUAUCUAAAGAAACAGCACACGUACGGUACAUUCAUUUCUAACUGAGAGAUAUCUACUAACAACAUCCUGUAAAAGAUAUAGUUAAUCUUUAAUUAUUUCCUAUACAAUACAUUUCUGUUUUAUAUUUCUUUCUUAAGAAGCAGACAUCAUGAAGCACUUUCUUACAUUUAGUUUAAUUGUAACACAUUUUUGUACUGCUUACGCUUUCCAGUUAGAUGAAGCAAAAGCAGCAUAUUGCACUCUACCUGAUGAUUUUCAAACAAGAAUUCUUGAGUGUUCUAUUUCUAGAAGCCCAGAAAUUAUGGAUGAGCUGAGUGAUAUUUACGAUCAAUGCGUCAACGAAUAUUACCAUUAUCCUGAAAAAUCAGAAGCAAUUAUCACAUAUACAUGUGAUUCAGAUAUAUUCAAUGAUAAAAAUGUUAAUAAAUGCAUUCAAGAGUAUCGUAAAGAUCUUCCAGAGAUAGAUGACGACGAAUGGGAGAAAGCAAUAAAUGCCCUUAAAUAUUGCUUUGUUAAUGCGUAAUAAGAAAUUUAAUUUCUUUUUCUUG